ACCAAUAGAAGUGCUCGCUGGUGCCCCUUCUCCGCCCAAUUGAUUGCCAAGCUCCUCGUAUCAUUGUUGUAUCUGCCACCUUGCCCCGCUCAAGAUGCGCGAGCAUCUCCAGGGCGAGGGCGCGUUGUCGGCCAUCGCCAUGCUGGUUUCCGGAACCUUCAGCACCGUGAUCAUGAAGACCGAGUAUGCGGUGCGUUCGCACGGCACGGCCACGUGUGUGGACCCACAGACAGGUGAGGGGACGACGUUGUGUCCCUUCGCCAAGCCAUGGUUCGGCGUGCUGCAGAUGAAGUUGGCCAUGACACUAUGUCUGGCCUUCCUGUACAUGCGCAAGUGCUCGCAACAUCGCGAGUAUCUGGAGACGCCGGUGUUGCGGAUGUAUAAGGGAGGACGACGGUAUGUGGCCACUGCGCCGUCCAAGGAGGAAUUGUCGGCUAUUAAACGCAAGUACGCAGGUCACGCUGAGGCUGAGGACAAGGUGGAGGCUCUUAAGCGCAAGUACCGGUCACACCACAACGAAGACGCCAAUGAGCAGUCGCCGCUUCUGGCUCCGAGGCUGCUGGGAGGAAAGGAAGACCAGCAGGGACGAGUAUCUCUACGUACGAUGGCGGCGAUUGCACUGCCAGCACUGCUAGAUCUGCUGCAGACUGUUCUGUGCAAUGUCGGUUUGUUGUGGAUCUCAUCGUCAGUGUUUCAGAUGGCCAGGGGCUCGAUCAUCAUCUUCAGUGCCUUCUUCUCGGUGAGACUCAUGGGCAAGAAGCUACACGGAUAUCACUACGCAAGUAUCUGGAUCGUCAUGCUCGCCGUUGUACUCGUUGGAUAUGCUGGUGUGGGAAACAACUCAAAUGACACGGCUACAUCCGAUGCCAACGCAUUUAACGCGGUGCUGGGGCUACUUUUCAUCAUCGCGGCACAGAUUCUGUGCGCGUUGCAGAUUGUGGUCGAAGAGCACAUGAUGUUGGCCUUGAACGUGAGUCCGAUGCUGCUUGUGGGCUUGGAGGGACUGUGGGGUCUUGUCUUCUACGUCAUACUGGUGCCAAUCCUCACGCUUACGCCUGCAACAGGUUCAGCGUUCGCAACUACUUGGCACGAGGACUUUGUCGACUCUUUCGUGCAAGUGAAGAACUCACCCGCCCUCAUAGCGCUCAUCUUGGCCUACAUCGUAGCGGUGGGCACGCUCAACGUCACUGGAAACUACGUAACCAAGCACUUAUCGGCAGUCAUGCGCAGCAUUACAGAGACGCUGCGCACGCUCGGUGUCUGGAUGCUGAGCCUCUUUGUCUACUACGUGGUGCAGUGGCAGGGCUCGGCGUCGCCCGGCGAGGAGUGGACAACAUACAGUUGGCUGGAACUGCUAGGCUUCGUGCUGAUGGUCUAUGGCACACUAGCGUACAAGCGGCUGAUCCACCUGCCAGUGUCGAAGUUAUAUGCAUCCGAGCAGCGCGAAUUUUGUCGCGGGCGCGGCGACGCCAUCAAGUCGCCCUUCAUGGGCAAUAUGCACAAAUAAGAAACGCAACCAAUGCAAAAAAAAAAAAAAAACUCAACUGUUAGUGUCCUUGUCCCCCAA